AAUUCACUUGCAUGGAAACUCUAUAUAUAAAAUUUAAAACAAAGGAAGUCAGAAUCUGAUUUCUGAUGAAAGAAUUCACUUGCAUGGAACACUAUAUGUAUGUAAUUUUUAUCUAGUUUUCUGUUUUACACUUCAGGGGACUGGUUGGUUACAGAAGUGUGUUCAGCAGUGAUACCCGUGGCACAGGAUUUAUGCACCGUGCAUUCAUGGCUUAUGAAAAGUAUCGGGGUCCUCUUGGGAACGUCAGAAAAGGAGUGCUGGUAUCAUGUGCUCGUGGAACAACCACAUCAUAUGCGUUGAUGAGUUUGGAACCACGUGGAACACUUUUUGUGAGUCCUGGGGUAGAGGCAUAUGAUGGCAUGAUCGUUGGUGAACACUCACGAGAUACGGAUCUUGAUGUUAACCCUGUACGAAACAAGGAACUUACAAAUAUAAGAUCUGCUGGAAAGGAUGAGAAUGUGAAGCUGUCUCCUCCCCGCAGAAUGACCCUUGAAGAAGCUAUAGGGUAUGUCGCUUCUGAUGAGCUAAUUGAGGUUACGCCUCAUAAUAUCCGGUUAAGAAAAAGAUACUUGGAUGCCAACAAGCGUAAAACAAUGAGCAAACGGCCGAAGGAGUGAAGCCAUAUAGAUACGUGAAAUGUAGCAUUGAACGGUAAAAUUUUGAUUAUGUACCACCAGUCGAGUACAAAAUCUCGAUUUGAUAAUUUUGUGAUUUCAACACGAGGAUAGCGUAUAGUUAUUCUUGACAAAUAAUAAGACGGCAGAAAGGUUGUUAAAAAGAAAUAUUGUUAGCUGAGAUAAAAGGAUAUUUAUAUGUAGGUAUAAUUUGUAACAACAUAAGUUCAUCUACUGUUAAGCAAUGUAACUUCUGCAACUUAUUAUUUUGCAAAGAAAUAUGUUACAAUAUUGGAA